AUGUUUAUAAACACCACCUCCUCCAUCUCAGUAGCUGAUCUCUUUCACUACAAGCAUCCAUUAACCAUGGCUACUCAUGAACGUCAGCCACACCAGAUCCAAGUCCACACCACCACCCACCACCGCCCUGUUUACGGCGGCGAUUCGUCCCUCCGCCAUCAACAAGGUCCAUCCAAGGGCAAAAUCCUGGCCGUGAUGGCGUUGCUUCCAGUUGGUGGGGUGUUACUAGGCCUCGCCGGACUAACCCUUGUCGGAACAUUGAUCGGACUCGCUUUAGCCACCCCGGUGUUCAUAAUUUUCAGUCCGGUUAUCGUACCCGCAGCACUCAUAAUCGGACUUGCGGUUACUGGGAUUUUGACCUCCGGGACGUUCGGGUUGACGGGUCUGACAUCGUUGUCGUUCUUGGUGAAUAGACUCCGGCAGACGAUGGGGUCGGUGCCGGAGCAGAUCGAUUAUGCGAAGCAGCGGAUUGAGGAUCUGGCGGUGUAUGCAGGGCAGAAGACGGAGGAGGUGGGUCAGACGAUUCAGAGCAAGGCUCAUGAAAUAGGACCAGAUGAUCAAACUCAAGCUCAAAGUAAAAGUGGUCGGAAGGGUGGAAAGAGUUGA